UCGUCGAGAACCUUAUAACAUGAAGACGGCCCCCCUGCUGCUACUUACCUGCUACUUACUCCUGUCAGCCCCGGCUGGCGCCCGACCGUUAGACAGGGGCAUCUUUGAGGUUCCUCGUCUCAGCCUGAGCGGGGUGUUGAGUGAGGACAGCGCCCAGGCUCUGCUCUACUUCCUGAAGGAGAAGUUCCAGCAGGAGGCGGAAGGCGAUCCUCAGGUCCAGCUGAGGCUGAGUAAGGGUUCCCCCUCAUCAGAUCGUCAGGUCCCCCCUCAGGAGCUCGGUCCUGUCCUCAGCUUCUUGGGGACUCUGUUCCAGGAGACCAGUCCCAACGAGUCACCCAAGAGCCUCCUGGAGAUGUUCUCCGACCGACUGAAGAGAGAGGACCCCCCGAUCUCCAUUGACCUCACUUUCCACAUUCUCAGGCACAUGAUAGAGAUCGCCAAAACCCAGAACCAAAACAAGCAGGCGGAACAGAACCGCAUCAUCUUCGACUCGGUGGGGAAGUGACAGCUCCAGGAGCAGACAUUGCUCCUCGGUCCCAAGCAGCCUCGCUCUCCCUACCAGCAAUGGUGGGAACGACCCCUAUGCAACCAAGACUUAGCACAGGAUGGCAUCGGCUGGGGUCGGACGCACCUCAUAGACUCGCAGAGACAGGAGGGAGGGUCUGAGCUGUGGGGUAUCUCCUGGUGUAUCUGUCCCAAAUUACAUCGCUCUAAUCACGCAAGACUCCUGCUGUUAUUUGCGCCCCUCGGGGGUCUCGUCUUUUUCCGUAAUGGUGGCUUAUUGGCAGGAGUUCUAGGAGAACACCGGUCCGUUAUGAUGUAAGGACUGCUUCCUUUUAGUAGAAGAGAAUGGAGGAUCUGUCCGGACCCUCCUUAGUUCCAACAUGACCUUUCUAGAGUCGCAGAGACCACCCGGGCUACGUGCCACAGCCAGGAAGCUGCUCUCAGGGACCCCUUUCCCCGUCCUGU